GUCCACGAAGAAGACAAUGAUCAGGAAGCGGAUACUCAUAGUUAAUCGUGUCCAGUCCAACUGGGAUAUUACAGUGUAGCUGUGUUUAACAUGACUAGCGCUGCCUGGUCAGAGAAGAUCGUCAAACUCCUCAGUCGGAUGAAUAACUUUUACUCAGCAGGCUCCUCUCGUGUCAGCUGCUGCAGGUUUGAGAUCGACUCUGCGCAGGUCGGUUGGAUUCCUCCUCACGUGGCUGCGCUGUUGACACGGUAUCCAGACGUGUUCAAUCCGCCACACGAUGGCGCAGUGACGCUCUGUCACAGUCUGGACUCAUACGGGAGGAGAUCAGAGGCUGUGGACGUUGUCCUGCAGUCCCUCAGACAUGAGGCGUCCCUGAGCUGCCUCAGAGGAUGGAGGGACGAGAAGUAUAGUGUGAUGCCAACAUUUUCAGAUCCUCCUCUGAUGUGGAUGGAAAGAGCAGCUACGAGUCUUUUUGGGGUGAAACGGUAUGGAGUCCAUAUCAAUGGUUACACCGUCAGUGACAGUGGGGAAGUCAGUAUGUGGCUGGCUCGACGCUCCAAAACUAAGCAGACAUUCCCUGGACUUCUGGACAAUCUGGCAGCAGGUGGUCUAUCUGCUGGUGUUGGUGUUAAAUAUACUCUGGUGAAAGAAUGUCAGGAGGAAGCAUGUAUCCCAGCGGCCAUUGCUGAUAAGGCAUGUCCUGUAGCUACAGUAAGCUACACCUAUGAGGAUGAAGAGGGGGUGUUUGCAGAGAGUCAGCUUGUCUAUGAUCUGGAGCUUCCUCGCGAGUUCAAGCCCAGAGUGGGGGAUGGAGAGGUGCAGGAUUUCUACCUCCUGCCCAUUGAUAUGGUGAAAGAACUGCUGGCCACUGAUGACUUCAAACCCAACUCAGCCAUGGUGGUAUUGGACUUCCUCAUUAGACAUUCAUUUAUCGAGCCUGACAGAGAGCCAUACUAUCAGGAAUUUGUGGCAGGACUUCAUCGGACACUAUAGAGUGAAGCUGAGGACUGAGGCCAGUGAUGUCACUACGUUAGAUAUAGAUGCUUUCAGACAUGCACUGAACUCUGGAGAUCCUCUAGAAGGGCUGUAUGUGUGAAUGCAAAUGUCCAAGUGAGAAGCUCCGGACUUUUUCUGGAGUUUCUGUGGCCAGCCCCCUAGUAUUAAAUCUGCAGAAAGUCCAGAGAAGCUGAUGUGAGAACACAGCAGGAGAUCCACGCGGCAUUCAUCGCCUUCCAGAAGCCAAAUUGUGUCCUUUUGCUGUGAGACAAAAUCCAUCUAGAAGUGACUAAGCCUCAGCAGGGAGGUGAGGGGUGGGGUUCAUCUGAUGAAUCUGGGGACCUAGAACUAGAUGACCCCGUCAUCUGCUAAUUUUAUCCAAGGCAGGCAAAUACAGACAUCUAUGUGUCUCAACCAUAUCAAGAAGUGUAAAUAAGUUAGUUCCUCACAAUAUGGAAAUUUGGGAUCUGUCACACAAACUGUCCCUAAUUACGAGAAUGACCUUUGCUCUUUCAGUCAGAACAGCGGAAUCUAAGCCUACCGAAUUCCAAUGACACAUCUAAUAGAUUUUAAAAACAUUUUGAUUCUGCUUGUAAAACUGAGAAUGUUAACCCAUUCCCACCAACUUCUGCAUAUGAAAUGAGAAAUAAAUUUUCUCUGUUUUAA